GCACUAGUCACACGUUAGCGAGUCUAGGCGAUAGAAGCGCUUUCUUAGCCGCGGGUCCCGCGAUUUUUAGAAGGUUCCUAGGUGUUCCCCGCAUAAACUGCGCUUUGAUUGAAGGUCGGAUGUGCUGGUGUCUUGUUUGAUGUUCUGUUCAAGUUGCUCGUGAUGUUGACGUAUUUGAUGGUCAGCUUAACUCUGCAGAUUAUCUAGGUUCCAUUUUAAGCCCCAUCGUGGCUCGCGAAUGAAGUGAAGCGUGCUACGCAAGUUCAAAAGGAACGAGGAAGUUAACAACAAAUAACCGCACUCGAUUGGAGGCGGCUCCAAAAGUCGAGAAAAUGGAAGAAUAAUAACAGUAGUGUUCAUUUUUCGUUUUCUUUGAAGCUCCAGGCUGCGGCUGAAAAGUGAAGUUAAAAAACACACGAGUUGGAAACAGUGCAGUUACACAAUCAUGUGACGACAGUGAUAAGAGAGGAGCAAAAAACAUCUCGAAACUAGAGAAAAUUGCCGGAACAAAUCUGUGCCAUAAAGUGACUUUCUUCAGUAGUUACGAAAUACCGCCAGUUGGAAAAAGCUUUCUGACUCAAAUUCUACGGGUGAAAUCUACCAAAUACUCCAUAAGAGUCACUACGAACAUUACAUCCGCCACUUGAUCGUUUGCAAACAGCAACAAAUCGCUCUCACAAUCAAAGCUGCUAAUUACCCGCAAUUAUGAGCAAAUCAAGCGGCACGCCGAGCUCGAACAUCAGGCGAAGUCGCCUCUCGCGAGACAGCGGCAUUUGUUUGGAAGACGGCAACCGGAGCAAAUCGCUGCUGACGAUCGCGCAAAGCCACAACCCAAACAGUAACAGUAACAGCAACAACACAAGCAACACAAGUGCGGUCAAGAAACGUUUUCCGGCUGGCGGGGGCGGCGGGGGAGUCCGAGCAAAAUCUUCGUACGUGCACCGGUUGACGCAACACUUCGAGAACCUGACCUGCCACCAGCAGGAUGAUUUCUACGGCUCGAAUCGGAGCUCCCCCACAUCAACGUCUUUGGAUCGAUCAGCAGCGGAACAACGGGGGGUCGCUCGAUAUCACUCCGAUUGGAGCUUAAGUGUGAAGAGCACGAGCCAUCGAUCGGUGUCUCCUUCGCAGGUGGACCUAAAAUUUGUAGAUUCAGCUCGUGAAGGUUCUCUAAAUGCAGAAAGUGCCUCAAUUGACGGUAACGAUAGUGUUCGAAGCGUUGUCAAAAGGGAAGUGAAAAUGGAUAACGCAAUUCAAGUGAUCGAGAGCAUCUACGAAGAAGUGCUAGUUGAGCGGAAAAGAAGCUCCCGUCAGAUUUUAUCGAAGAGUGAUGAGUUCCACCCUCAGAGCCUGGACAUGAUCGAUUCCUCUAAUAGGGACAGUGGAGUCGAACACGGCCUACCGGAUGAACCAUUAUCGGGUGAUAACGAAAAUCUUCACGAUGACGAUUUCGACUCUGACUCAGACGAGAUAACUGAGUCGAUAGCGGUCGUCGAGGAAGCCGAGCCUCAGAACAGUGAUUUCGAAAUAGCACAAGAAGCUACAGAGCUUCCAAUUGUUGCCGAGGCUAGAAAUACGCAGCUAUCACACAGUGCACCAGUGGAACAAGAACACGGCAACCCGUACUUAUACGAUGAUGAUUUCAGCGAUACGGAUUCGUUCGAUUCCACGGACGACGAAGAGCGCGAGAUAGUCAUGAACCGUCCGGAUUCGAAUACUUCCAUCAAAUCAGAACGAAUAACCAGAGUAAUGAAAGAACUGCUAGAAAACGAGGAGAGUUACGUCAACACACUUGCCAGAGGAAUUGAGAACUAUAUUUCCAUCAUGCAGGGAAAAGAUCUUCCUCCGGGUCUUCGGGGGCAGCGAUACCACAUUUUCGGAAACAUCGAACACAUCCACGAGCUACACAAAGACAGAUUCCUACCCAGGCUAAGGCACAAUCGAGCCAGCAUCAAGGGAAUUGCCGAAACCUUCAUACGGUUCAUCGAGCAGGAUCGGUUCUAUUGCUAUAUCUUGUUCGCGCUGAAUCGGCCCAAGUCGGAGAAAAUUUGCAACCGCAAUUUGGAGUUCUUUCAGGUACGACAACAAGAAGUGAACGAUAAGCUGGGACUGAAUAGCUUUCUACUACAGCCGAUUCAACGAUUACCGAGAUACAAACUGAUGCUUGGAGAAAUAAACAAGGAAGUUCUCAAACUCGUUGCCGAUGAAGUAAUGAUGGACACCGUGAAAGACGAAAUCGGCAUCCUGUGCAAAGCUGAGAAGCGUCUCGAGCGAUUCAUCGAUGUGGUGAACGAAGCGAUGAGCAUCAACGACAUUCAAGAGUGCUACGAGAAUUUGGAUGCGACUGCUGCCGAAAUCAUGAAGCCAUUGGCGUUAGCAAUUAACAUUUUUAGUCAGGUCGUACACUCACCUCCAAUUUUAGUACUCUAUCCUAACCGAGGCAGAUAUGCAGCCCAAAGCAAACCUAUUAAUCUUCUACACCAAGGAAAAUUCCGCAAAAUGUUCGAGCUGGACGUCUACGAUUGGGACCGACGGCGCCGAUAUCCGGGCAAAGUAUUUUUCUUCGAGAAAUGCAUCAUCUAUACCGAAAAGUUGAAAGAUUUCCUCGAAUACCGGGGCCACUAUGUGGACUCCGAGGUUGGAGUGUUCAACGAUGGAAAGUCAAAACUGUGCGUCUUUUCUCGCAAACGAGGUAUCCAAGAGGUGGAAUUUUCAAGUUCGGACGUUGCACUGGUUCAGAGAAUGGCCAUCCAAGUCGAAAACGUUAUGAAAGGGUUCGCUCUCCAAGAGCGAGAGCGAAUCAACGACCUUAGCCGGAAAAAAGAUUGGGUCGGUUCUCAGAAUCGAAUUCCCAGUGUGGUGACCAUCAAUCGAGGCAGUGUUGCCAGUACCAAAAGCUCCUUUUCGAUGAUAAGCAAUAACAGCAGCCGUGAUAGUUACGAAUCGACAUCUCAAACCACGUGGGAUUCUGAGAAGCCGAUUCAAAGUCUGGUGUCGGCGCAAAAACAUUUUUGCCAGAUACUUACUGCCAAUCGAAAAUACUACUUCGAUGAGCUGCCUGCAGAACUAUCUGCCAAAAUCCAGCACUUUAUUGAAAUUUUCGACCAACUGCUGGACAUUCAUACCAGAAGAGUUUACGAGGAUCUUUCCCAUCCAGAUGUGGGAAUCGACGAAAUUUGUGAAUUGUUUCUUCUCUACUUCAAGGAGGAUUUGUUCAAACCGUACUAUUCGUUCGUAAAACAUUUCAAAAAAGCAUCAGGAAUAAUGAAAAAUAUUCAUAAAGCUUCGCGAAUUUCCCUAAGUGAUACCAUGGUAGUACAAACAACGGAUGAGUUUGCAUUCUUGCCGAUCGACAUUUGGAACAAAUACCUCGCCUUUAUUCAAACUCAAAUUGUCAACAUGUCUGAGCAAAUGAAUGAAAAUCUAGAAAGUGUGGACAAGGAACUGUUUCGGAAGCUGGCUUUUGUCGAAGUGCAGGUCAACACAUUCCGCAAAUCGUUGCUUCAAAAUUUCCGACUGUUUAACCUGGAUGAGAAAAUAUCGGCUGGAGUAAUCGGAUUGGUGACUUUUACUGAUCGCGUCCGAUACGGCAAUGAAACACUCGGCUCCCAUCGAAUUUUGCUCUGCGAACAAGGGUGUGUUUGCGUAAAGAUUCAACUGAUCAAGGAUCUCGAUCGGCAAGUGGAAAAAUACACUCGAGUCGUGUUUGUGGAUCGAUUCAAAAGAGACGCGAUGGCAGUUAAGAUAAGUAAAAAACUGGACGUAAGACUGAACUUUGAAAUCGAUGGCAUGAAACAUGCGGUGGAUUUUGGUAGCAAGAUCCACAAGGAUAAAUUCUACGGUCAUUACUGUAUGAACUACAGUAAAACAUUCAAGACGUAAUAGUAUAAACUGCCAGGUUGAUGAACAAAUCAGGUGCACUUGUAAUUUAUUAGUCUUCUGAUCCAAAGUUAAACCAUACAAUUCUAAUUAAAAAUAUUAUACAGCAUGUGUUGUCAAAUUUAUUUUUUAUAUACCCGAUCGGUUAAUAAAACCUACC